AUGCUCUACUUCACGGCGGAUGAACUGAUCUGGGAGUGCUACGAGGAUACGGCCUGCGAGUGCGGAUUCCACUGCGAAGGACCUUACAACCCCGUCAGCUCAAAGAUCAACCAUAUCAACAGCGUCCUAGGAGUAUUGCCUCCAUUACAAUUUCCGCGGGGUGAUUAUGUCACCUUCCUUCGACAAAGCGUGGUCCCAAGGCUAAGGAGGCGACGAGAACUGUUGACAACGCAGUCGGAAACGACGUGGAGGCGGCUGGUCCAAUUCUACUCUCAUCUGGACCUCACCAACGAAACCGAUCGGUUACUCGCCAUUGGGGCGUUGGCAGAGCAGACCCAGGCCGUGCGGCGGGACCAGACUUACCUCGCCGGCCUGUGGUCUGCAUCUCUUCCCGGGGACUUGCUAUGGACCACGACCAACCCCAAACCCGGACGUGCAGCAGGCACGUGGACGGCCCCGACGCCAACCGUCGAAGUACUGGAGGCUAGUUGCGAGUACGUUGAUGGAAACGCGUUCGGCAUGGCUACCAGUGGUCGACUUGUCCUCUGCGGCCGCGCCAUCAACAGAUGCUCCCUUCGUGAAGAAAGUGGAUCUUACCGGCCAUCGUUCCACUUGGAGCAUCGCGACUUGAACGCGUGUAUGGAGGUCCGAAUGGACUGUGACGAGCCACCAUUGGCGACAACCGGUACCGCUCCGGAGCAUUGGGGAGAGGUCACCGUGCUACAGGUAGCCGAGACUUGCGAGUUUCCGGCACCCGUGAGUCUCAUACUCGCAGCGGACCCAACGGCUCCGGGUAGUGGUGUAUGUGUUCGCGUUGGGUUGGCCUCGCCCCCUGGAACGAGACUCGAGGACCAGAAGGAGCGCACGAAACUAGGCAGAUGGUUUGGCAGCUGCAGUGAAGUUCAAACCUUUACGAUUAUCUAG